CAAAUCAACAGAGUCAUGUUCCAGGAGUGGUUCCCAUUUGAGUCGGGAGAGUAUCGGGCUUGGUGGUCUUGGUGUCGCGAGCGAUGCUCGAGUGGAUCGAUAGAGACAGGAAUGGUCUCGGAUGUGCCAUGGAUGGGCAAGGAUGUCUUGAGGCGUCGAUAGUGACGUGCGACGCGUAGUAAUCGCGGAAUGCGAUGGAUAGGAUGGUUUGUGCCGGAUGAUAGCAGGUAAUAUAGGUAAUAUAGGCAAUGUAGGUAAUGAUAGUAUAGGCCGUAGAAGAGGCAGUAUGGAGUAGGCAGUGGGCAAUGGGCCAGAGGACGAAGGCCAGGAUGAGCAUGAUUGCGAUUGUCAUUUUUGGUUUCUGCGAAUGGAACGUGCAGAGUUACGGUCUUGAGUGUUGCUGCUGCCCAACUGCCUGGAGAGCAAUCAGCACCAUCAGAACGAGCCGAAUUUAUGGGCCAGGAAUCCCGCCAAAAGCGCCAAAGCCAACCCGCCAAAACCCGCCACCAAUCACUCCUGUAGGAUGUGCUCUUCCCGCCA